GGAGGAAGGGAGGGAAUGAGAGAGAGAGGGAGCGGUGUGUAGAGAGAUGGAGCGGUCGAAGGGGGCGUUCAUCUGCUCAGUAGCUCAUGGAUUCAGAGCUGGCAGCGGUAAAAGGCUGCUGAAGCUCUCUGUGCGUUGACAGAGGACCGUUUUCGGUUGAACGUACCUAAGCGGUCAACCUGGACUAACGCGGCACGUUUACCCGGACACGUCCUAGUCCCACCCGGUAUCUGCCGCAGAGGUCUCCAAUCGGAGCGGACCCCGCAGCAUCCCAGUUGAAGGAUGGUGUGACACACAGACAGACACACAGACAGCCAGAGGGACCAGUCACCGGCGCUCACCACUCAGAGCCAGACCAUGGCUCCCAUGUCUCUCCUAUUCCUGGGCUUCCUCCUCUCCUUCCUCCAUCCCACAGAUGCCCAGACCAUCAUUGGCUCCUCCUCCUCGUUCUCUCCUCUGGACCUGCCUUAUAAUUCAUCACCUCCACCUACCAAGCAGACCGCUAGAUUCUGGCCAUCUCUGCCUCCCAGAGGGCGUAGCGACGUGCCUAUCAGAGCUACAGUCCGAGACAGACAGACAACCACGAAUGCAGCGCUACAGGGGAGACGAGUGCCCCGUCCUACCGCACAGUCCACUCCUCCUUUUAUAUCCGCACUUUCAACGCAGAACCUAAGCAGUGGGCCAACUUUAGCUCAACCGACUGCCUCCAGGCCCAGGACUGAUACAGCUAGUUUAGCAAUCAGCAGGGCUUUUGUAACGGGAGAUGAUACAACAAAAGGUUCAACUCCUCCUCUGCCCACUUUUCCCUCCGCCGCCGUCGCUGAGUCUGCAGGUGAUGAGCCAGUGGCAGCAGGAAAACCAGAGGAGGGAUCUCUCAGAGAGACGGAGGAUGAUGAUUUGCUGGAGUUUGGAUCAGGUAGUGUUCCAACAGUGAUGCCCGUGAACGAGGAAUCACCCCUUCCUCUGUCAACAGUUUUUGAUGGAAUGGCUCAGUAUCAGCCACAGGCGCAGACGGCGAUAUCUAAAGUUCCUGAUGUAAAAACACCACCACCAGACAGUCCGACCACGAAGCCGCACCUGUUUGUGCUCACAACAGCCAGUAAAAUCCCCACCACGCCACAGACUGAGACCAGAGCCCCACCAUCCCCUGUAGCAACACGGGCGCCACCUCGGACUGUAGUAUCAACAGGUAAACUCACAGAGAACACUCCUUCCACCGUCAGAGAUACUUCUUCUUCUACUACAUCACCCAAACCCACUAUAAACUAUAAACAGCCACAGACUGCAGAACAGCCAGUCGCGACACAGCAAGCGACAACCACAUCUACAACCAGUACGCUUACUACUACACAGGAGGCCGUGAGAACAUCCUCCAGAACAACACGUCGACAAAACAAAACAGCUCAACUGGGAAGAAACACAGCCAGCACAACUGCACAGUCGUCAAGGACAGGGACCUCUUCCUUCCUUGCCACCGGUGUCGUACCUGUCGCCCAAACAAGAUUAAGCCCCACAUAUCAGGCUGGAAUUCCUCAGACAAACCGCUCCAUCAUCCUAGGACAUCCUCACCAAGCCCCCCACUCUACGUCUAAUCCAGCCCCCUCUCCCAGCGACCCUCCCUCCUCUAAAAGCACAUUCCUCUACUGGGGUGAUCUGAGUCGGACGCUGGCUUUUGCCUGGGAGCUCCAUGUCUACGGCUCAGCGAGUCUCUUCCUCCUCCUGUUUGCUGGAGCGGCCCUCAGCCUCACCCUGUCCCCUGGAGCAAACUGUCCUCAUCGGGGGGCUCUUGCACUCGCCAACGCUCUGCUGUUUCUGGCUGGAGGCCUUAGGGCAGCUCUCCUUCUAAUAGACCCCUAUGGCACUCGGAAGUUCCUUCCUCGCCCCGCGGUUACGGCUCUCUACAACUUGCCUCUGCACCUGCUGGUGUGGACACAGGCUGCCCUGGCACUACUGGCUUUGAGGGUGGCAGGAGUCAGCGUGUUGCCUUCCCCUCUGGAGCGUCCUCCUCUGGUGGCCGUGUUGGCUGUGUUGCAGUGUACGCUGCUGCUGGCGGCUGAUCUGCUUUCCCCGGCCCUGUCCCCCGUGGUGCCCGUCACCUUACAGGUCCUGUCCCUGUGCUGGGGCCUGGCUCUCUGUCUCGGCUUCCUCUGCUAUGUGUUUCCACGUAUACGUUGCCCUUCUGUUCCCCACCCUGGAGUCCCCGAGGAGGCCAGGAGGAAGGCUUGGACAGGGAGCAGGAGGAUCGGGGUGAUUCUGGCGAGAGUGCUGGCAGUGUGUGCGGUCCUGGGAGCGCUGUGUUGUGGGCUGCAUGUUCACGCCACCUUAUGGCUCUACGGACUGCUAGGAGACUGGACGAGCUUCAACUGGGGAUGGUGGCUGGUCCACUUCUGGGCCCGGCUCCUGGAGCUGGCCUGGGGGUUCUCCCUUCUACUCCUGGGUUCCUGGGUGUUCUGGAGGCCUCAAGGUUGCCGUGGAAGGGAGGAAGGUGGACCAGAUGGCAGAGCAGCAGGAGACCUGCCAUCCCCAGGGCAAUCUACAGGCUCCUCUCAAAGACACACCUGCUGGUCCAAGAUAGUCCAGAGCUUAAGGGGGAAGCCCUGUCGAAAGUCUGACAGUAAUGGGGUGGGAGGAGGGGGAGGAGGAGGAGGAGUAGGAGGAGGACCACCACCAGGGGAGGUGCCUAAUAACUGGGCUGGCCAGGAGCGUCCUGGAGCGGACAUCAGCAAGAGUCUGAUCAGGAACCAGAACCACGAGCUGGCUGGCGCCCAGCCACGCUGUGUCAAAGACAGCAACCGGGAACGAAACCACAGGGGCCACUCUGCAGAACGAGGCGUAUCUGACGGCUCCACAGGCUCCCUGCUGAGACUGCAGGCGCUGGGUCGGCCUCCGCAGCGCUCAGUGAGCGGCAGUCUGGAUCAGGAUAGGGACAUUUCCCUGUCUCUUUACGAGUUUGAUUUGCGGCCCCCGUCUCCCAUUGACCUGACCCGCAGCAUCGACGAGGCCCUGAACAGGGAGUACCUGCUCGGAGGAGUAAGCUUGUUUCAUCCUCUGAACCUGACCUCACAGACCCCUUCCCCGGGGUCAGGGGUCAGCCAGGGGCCUUGGCUCCGCAGGAACAGUGAUCCCCAGAUGCUCUCUGAGAGCAGCGAUGCCCCGACAGAGUCCUCCAUGCCACUGGGGGGCAGCAUUCUCAGCAGUGUUCCCAGCAGGCAGGUGACCGCUCCCCCUACUCCCUCCCACCAGGGUCACCGGUGGGCUGGGAACGAGGCGGGGAGCGUUCCCUCGUCAGUGUCCUGCCCUGUGUCACUGCGUCCCUCCAGGACAUCGACGGGGAAUCUGGGGGAGGAUGGCGUGGACGACACACGGCCCUUCAUCACCCCGGAAUCGGAGAGGGUGCGGGGGAGGGCUGGGAGGCCGGCGGGGUCACGGAGUUACCUGGAGGUCAGCCGACAUGACGACUCUGCCAGCGUCAGCAGUGAAAUCAUAGAUCUAUGAACCAAACCUUGGACAUGAAGACCAAUAACAUCAAACACACAUAUUUACCAAAUACUGUUCCUGACCAGGACUUCAACAAAAUUAAGAAAAAGAUGAGCAAUGAACUGCCUAAUAUUAAUUAUCUUUAAAAGAGAUAAGUAUUUCAAAGUUUCUCUCGGUGAAGAUCUUAAAGGUUAGUUGUCUUUUGUGGGUUUAACAACUGUGUUUCUUGAACAAAUUUGGCAUAACUUUUAGUCUGACGGUAAAGCUGGGAGAUAAAGCACAGAUACUUUCCAUCUCUUUCUCACACACACACACACACACACACACACACACACACGCCUGCAUAACACUGGCAUAACUCUUAAGCACACUGGGACCAAACAUACAUUUCAAGUCAACAACUCUCUAGAGAGCCCCUUGCUUGUGACGGGUGUGAAAGGUGCGACGACUUUAUGUCUGGAGUUUCAAUAAGUUUGAAGGGCAAAAAGACACAUGUGGCUCCAAGCGUCUGUAGCUCCCAUUUCCAUUAUUUCUGUGGAAAAAAACAAACUGCAUAUCAACCAAAUGUCAUUGCUUUCAUAGAGUUUAUUUGCUGUCUUCCAUAUUUCAAUAUGCUUUGUGAUGUAAAGAUGUGCCAUACAUAACCUCGGUUGGUUCUGUGCUGUUUUUACGGUUCUUUAAACCCAUUAUUUGGGUCAACUCUCGAUAGCGUCUUACCAGUAUCAUAGUGACUCAGCAACAGAUUACUACUUCUAAGCUCUUAACGUGCUGCUGCUGUUGUUGUCCAUGCUCCCUUGUAUGUUAACGUGAAGCUGGUUUGCAUAAAGAGGCAGGCAGUUGAAGACGGCCAGAGACAUGCGGACACUUGCUUGAAUGGGAAACUGUCGCCGAGGCUUUUAGCGGUGGCUGAACUUCACAGUGAGGUUCAAGCAUUCGUAUCAUCCUGAUGUUUCGCUGGAGGACAAAGCUUUUGCAUUCAAUAAUUAUGUACGAUUAUAGCCUCUUGACUGCAUUUUCACAGGAUCUGACUAAGAAUAUUAAAUCAUAAUCAGUUGCAUUGAACCAAUUCAGACUGUUUGAUAUGUUAACUAUUCAAAUGCUGCACAGCUUUGCACCACACGAGACUGGCUUGGCAUGAACCUCAGAUCUCUUAUAAUAGAACGAACUCAAUAACGGAGCACUUAACUGUAAGCCUGAGCACUAAACUGAAGUAUUUUACUACUCAAGAGAAAAAUAUCUUUCAAAUAUAUGAUGUAUAAGCAACAAUGUAAAUAACGUUAUUUUUGAUGUUCAUGAAUAAAGGUGUAUUUGAAACAUA